AAUCUGGAGGCUACACAACGCCUCUUUCCUCGCGGAUCCACCGCCAGCCUCAUCAUUGAGCCGCAGGGUGGGGAGAUGCGCUGGGUCGCCCGGGGGGAGGGUAAGAGACGACAUCUGUCAUCAUUAGGAUUUAAUUUAAGAAUUCGGCACGUGGUAGGUGGUAGCCUAAUUUAUGAGGAUUGUGUUUUCAAGAGACCUUGCAUUCAAUGGGGGCAUGUAGGGCAUGGCAUUGGCUUGCUCUGUACAAUAGAUGGUGAUAGCAUGCAAAUCAUGCAUGCAGCCUCCGCAACUCAAUAUUAUGCGGUGUAUAACGCAAAAACGCAAUAUUUUUAGAAGUAUAUAGUGAUGUGACAGUACAUGAGCAACAUAAAAUUUAGACCACCACACAACUACCGCUACUAAUAUUACUUGUUUACUCGCUUCUAAAUGUAUUGCCCUACUGUACUAACUGAGUUUUUGAGUAUUUUAGAGUAGUAAUACCAUUUGACUGGUCAUUGCUUACGUGCUACAAGCUUAAAUUUGCUCUGGCAUAGUUCACUGGGUCGUAUCACAUGACCUCCUGAAAUAGCCUCAUCUGCGCAAACAACACACAUAACCACGUUUUUCCACUGAGGCGAGCACUAGUCCUGAACUAGUUAAACAGAGCAAUGGCUUACGUGGCUCCAAAGGUGAAAUGGCGUAAGCCAAAAACGUUCCGCAACGAUGUGAUCGCAACAGCCAAGGCUACGGGUUGCGUACUGCAAUUUUGGAACUCCCUGCUUGUGGGCGAUGAGCUGAUGCUCAUAAGCAUAGUGGACGAUGAUGAAUACGUCUACCUGAUAGACGCUACUUAUGACACCAGCAACGUAGACGAGUGGACAAACUUCAGAUUUAACUACAGAAGCCUGAGGCUUUGGUCGCUGACAUACGAGCAGGAGCUAACAACACCGCUUCACAUAACUGCGGGACGAGGCUUCGCUGAAUGUUUGAAACUCCUGCUGCAACGCGGAGCCACUGUUGACCUGGCGCCAGGUGGCAUCACCGCCUUGCACGAGUCCUGUGCACACUGCGAGCCGGAGUGUACCAGACUGCUGCUGGUGCACGGUGCCAAUGCCAAUGCUGUCUCAGAGGACGGCCGUAUGCCUUUACACUUGUGCUCGAACCCUGAGUCACUUGAAUGUGCCAAGUAUCUCCUUGAGUAUGGUGCCGCAAUUAAUGGACGUACUGUGGAUGAAGACGAUACUCCCCUGCAUGUGGCAGCGAGAAACGGCCUUGUGGAUCACGUCGAGCUCUACCUGCGUUAUGGCGCCACUGUGGACAAAAAGAAUGAUGAAGGUCUCACACCCCUAAACGCGGCCUGCUCCCAGCCGCAGGAGCUGCAGGACGUCCGACGCUAUUUCAACUUGUGCAAGAUGUUGAUGAAAGCGGGUGCCGACAUCCACACCUCCGACCAGGACAAACACACACCCCUGCACAUGGCGUGUAAGAAUGUCAACGCAGACUUGGUAGAGCUGCUGUUGGCGAGCGGGGCCUGCGUUAACGACAUGGACUACGGUGGUGAAGCACCCAUGCAUAACAUCCUGAAGGUGGCGUGCUACAAGCUUGCCCAUAGUCCCGAAAGGGUUGUCCGUGCCCUGCUCAACUAUGGCUCUAUACGAGUGUGGCCUGGAGCGUUGCCCGUGGUUCUAAGGCACUGCUCUCAAUCUCCACGCACCAUUGAAGUGCUGCUCAAUGCCUACAGUCACCUCAAAGUCACGGACACCUGGGUCGAGUCUGUACCCCCCGAGGUCUUUGAGGAACACAAGGAAUUCUACGAAUCCGUCUUCUCCCUUGCACGGACUCCACGUUCCCUACAGCACUUGUCGCGCUGCAAACUGAGGAGCUUCCUGGAGGGGAGACUCAAUAAGGUGGUCCCAAGACUCGACCUGCCCACCUUUAUUAAGAACUACUUGCUCCUGGAUUACAGAGGUUAUGUGCACUAAAGCACUCGAACCAUUGAUAGUCCUGAUUUCGAGUUUGCUGCUGGUAGACAUCAAUUUUGCAGGAAUUUGAUUGGUCGCGACUCGACUUUUUAGAACAUUACAAUUUGUACCAAGAGAGGGCGCUAUAGCCUUGACGUGAUGGAGUACUGUCGGUGCAUUUCCAUCCAUCAUCGUUUAUCUUCACUUCUACACAUAUAUUGUUUUACCUUAGCGCUACUUAAACUGACUGCCUCUCUUACUAGUUGUAAUUUUUUUUUAUACUGUAAAUCAUUUUUUGUUUAACUGUUUACGUCCGCUGAAUGUCACAUUAGUCGAAUUCCCAACAUAUAACGGCAAGAUUUUAUAUUUGUAAGAGACUUAAAAUGAUAAAAUUCACUAUUUUGUUGUAUGUUUUUCGUUUUCAUAUUUAGUGAUGUGUUCUCUCGCUCAGUGUUUUUCUUUAUUAUUAUUUAUUGAAAAAUAAAAUGCUCUC